AUGGCGCCCAAAAAAAAUUAUACGCCAGAACAAAUGCGUCGUGCCAUAGAGGCGGUCAAGAGAGGAGAAGCAGUGAGUGCAGCAGCAUCCAAAUAUGGUGUACCUCGUAUCACGCUUAGAAAUAAGGUAACGGGGAUAAGCCCUGCGGUUUGUUCAAUGGGCCCAGGUACGAUUUUUACGGUUCAAGAAGAGCAAAUAUUAGUAAAAUGGCUUUUUGCACUAGCGGAUCGACAUUUUCCUAUUUCACGAGAACAGUUAUUGGACAGUGUCCAACAAAUAAUAAUUAAGGACAAUAGGAAAACACCUUUUACUAACAAUCGCCCUGGAAAGACGUGGUACCAAGCAUUUCUUAAAAGACAUCCUGAGAUUUCGGAACGAACUGCACAAAAUCUAAUAACAUCACGAGAUAAUGUCACUGAACAACAAAUCAAAUCUUGGUUUACUGAGAUCAAAAAUUACCUUCAGGAGCAAAACCUUGAGCAUUUGCUAAAACGACCUAGCAGGAUAUUUAAUGCAGACGAAAGUGCAUUCUUUUUAUCACCAAAAUCUAGUCGUGUCUUAGUAAGACGGGGUGAUAAGACUGUGUAUACCACAUCUGGUAAUGAGAAAGAAAACUUGACUGUUUUACUAACUGCAAAUGCUGCUGGUCAAAUAGCGCCUCCUAUGAUAGUGUUUGCUUAUGAGCGUGUGCCAAAACCUAUAUCUGAUAGCGUACCUGAUACUUGGGGUAUCGGGAGAUCAGAAUCAGGGUGGAUGUGUAGUGAGACUUUUUAUGAGUAUUUCACAAAUAUAUUCCACCCAUGGUUGAUCGAGAAAAAUAUCGAAUUACCAGUCUUGUUCUUUUUGGAUGGCCACGGAUCACAUUUGACGACACAUCUUUCAGACUUCUGUGCAAAAAAUGGAAUAGAAUUAAUUGCUUUAUAUCCCAAUAGUACGCAUAUACUGCAGCCAAUGGAUGUUGCUGUCUUCCGACCAUUAAAAGUAUUUUGGAAGAGGCAGGUCAUUAGGUGGAAGACUGAACAUCUGGGUCAACAGGUUUCAAAAACUUCUUUUGCACCUAUACUGAAAAGUGCUUUAGAUGAAAUUACUAAAGAUUGUAUUAGUAAUGGUUUUCGAGCUGGCGGCAUAUGUCCAUUUGGACCGGAAUAUAUUGAUUUUAGUAAGCUCAACUCAAAAAAUCGAUCAGCAGAAAUCACGAAAGCUCAAGGUGCUUCGUCGCAAAAUGUGAAGUUUCUACGGAUGUUGGAGCCUGAAAUCGUAACACUAUUUUCUGACGAAAAAUUAAAUACAUUCAAAAAGUAUUUCUUUCCGCGGAGAACCGAUUUAGAAAAUGAAUUACCUGCUGAGGACAUAGGACUCUAUAUGUUAUGGGCUAAGUAUAAGCACUUAUGUCAUAUUGAGUUUCCACCACAGUCCACAUCUGAAGAAAUAGAUCUACAAUCCAUAGAAACAACAGCCACUCAAACCACGUAUUAUGCUAAUAAUCAUGAGUCGGAAGUUCUUUUAAAUGAGUUUUCGCCAUACUCUGGGCAGUUGAAGUGCUGCCUGUUGAAAUACCGAUAG